CCACCACCAACUCUACAACUUCAUCUCGAUUACUUCUGGCCAGCUACUUCGGCCUUCCAUCUCCGGAUUUCUUCUGGUCACCAGCCACUUCGGGAUCCAUUCCCAAUCACUCUACCUGUCGCGCGCCGCCACCAUGGCUUGGACAAUGCGAGGCGCGGCCGUGCCUCUGGUUCUUUUUGCGCUCCUCUUGACGUCAGCAUACGUCGCCCCUGCGACCAAGGGGUUCUUAUCCGCGCGUCGCAGUCUGCUGCUCAAGCCCCUCAUGCUCCUCAAGACCCCCAGCAAGUCGCCAACCAUCCUCCUGUCCAACCUGCUGGAACAAAACGGCGCGCCAGCCAUCGGGCCUGGCGACCCAGACUUCCUCCCGGGUGGCGGCGACCAGCAGGCUCCCCCGGAAGGCGGAGACGGCGCCCCAGGUAGCGAAAUCGGCGGUCCUGAGGGUCCCCCGGAAUUCGGCCCCGGCGCUGGUGCUCCAGCGAGCGGGCCUGGCGGCGGCUUUCCCGGCGGAUUCGGCGGCGCUCCCAUUAGCGGACCACUUCCGGGUCCUGGAGGAAAGGGCGGUAAGGGCGGAAAAGGCGGGAAAGGCGGCAAGGGCGGGAAGGGCGGCAAGGGUGGUAAGGGCGGGAAGGGCGGCCGCGGUGAUAACGGCGCACCCUCUAGCGGCCCUGGUGCUGGCGACUUUGGCGGAUUUGGCGCACCCGGCAGUGAGCCCGCACCUGGCGGAAAGCCGGGCAGAAAGGGCGGCAAGGGCGGGAAGGGAGGCAAGGGCGGUAAGGGCGGUGGUAACAAUGGUGCACCCACUAGCGCGCCUGGCGUCGACGAUUUUGGCGGAUUUGGCGCACCCGGCAGUGAGCGUGCACCUGGCGGACAGGGUGGCAAGGGUGGAAAGGGCGGCAAGGGUGGAAAGGGCGGGAAAGGAGGCAAGGGUGGUAUGGGCGGGAAGGGUGGUGGUCUUAACGCGGGCGCUCCCUCUAGCGGGCCUGACGCCGGCGAUUUUGGCGGAUUUGGCGCACCCGGCAGUGAGCCCGCACCUGGCGGAAAGGGCGGCAAGGGCGGCAAGGGUGGAAAGGGCGGGAAGGGAGGCAAGGGUGGUAAAGGCGGGAAGGGUGGCGGGCUUAACGCCGGUGCUCCCUCCAGCGGGCCCGGUGUCGGCGAUUUUGGCGGUUUCGGCGCACCCGGCAGUGAGCCCGCGCCUGGCGGGAAGGGCGGGAAGGGAGGGAAGGGCGGGAAGGGAGGAAAAGGUGGAAAGGGCGGGAAGGGCGGAGGUACUAGUGCACCUGGCAGUGAGCCUGCGCCUGGAGGAAAGGGAGGGAAGGGCGGAAAGGGAGGGAAGGGCGGGAAGGGUGGGAAGGGAGGCAAAGGUGGAAAGGGGGGCGGCUCCGGUGCGCCCUCGAGCGGGCCUGGGAACCCACCCUGAGCUAGCGGAAAGAACCGUUCUAGGUGUGGAUAUUAGGAACAAUUUGAAAUACUUGGGAAUCUUUUAGCAUGUUGUUGUACCACUAUUAUACAAUUGCUGAUGACGUUAUUACGUUGCUUGACUUCGCGGUUAUUGUGAUCUAGUUUG